UGCCUGGUCAUGCCAGCGGGGAGGGGAAAGGGGAGGGUGCUGGGUAGGGUCUCAGCACCUCCGUCCGUGCCCCCGUCCGUGCCUCUGCAGAGCCACUGCUGGUGCCACCAUGGUGCUCACACUGGGCUACUGGGACAUCCGAGGGCUGGCGCACGCCAUCCGCCUGCUGCUGGAGUACACGGAGACCCCCUACCAGGAGCGUCUGUACCGGACUGGCCCAGCCCCGGACUUCGAUCCGAGCGACUGGACCAAUGAGAAGGAGAAGCUGGGACUCGACUUCCCCAACCUGCCCUAUCUCAUCGAUGGCAACACCAGGCUGACACAAAGCAAUGCCAUCCUGCGCUACAUCGCCCGCAAACACAAGAUGUGUGGUGAGACUGAGGAGGAGAUCUUGUGCGUGGACAUGCUGGAGAACCAGCUCAUGGAUUUGCGGAUGGACUUUGCCCGGUUGUGCUACAACCCUGACUUCGAGAAGCUGAAGCCGGCGUACCUGGAGCAGCUGCCUGGGAAGCUGCGGGAGCUGUCACGGUUCUUGGGCUCCCGUUCGUGGUUUGCGGGGGAGAAGCUCACUUUUGUGGACUUCGUGGCAUACGAUGUUCUGGACCGGCUCCGCAUAUUUGUGCCCGAGUGCCCUGAGCUGCAGGGCAACCUGGGCCACUUCCUGCAACGGUUCAAGGCACUGGAGAAGAUCUCUGCCUACAUGAAAUCCGGGCGCUUCAUCAGCAACCCCAUUUUCUUGCGCACGGCAAAGUGGGGAAACACUGAGGAGUGAGGGGGUGCCCUCUCCCCCACCCCCGUGCCCCAUCCUCACCUCCUGCCCUCUUCCCUACUGAAUAAAUCAGGGGGCUCCCUCUUUUCUGGCCGCCAUGUGGGGUGUGUUGAGCUGCUGUGGG